GCAAAAAGUUUGUAUUCUCAUUGGAGGUUCAUAAAGUCACUUUUGACUCAUUCCUCACUCACUAAGUUACCAUUACACGAUCAAUCCUCGUUUCCUUCACCUCUCUUCUUCAACCCAAUUAUUUUGUUGAAGAAAUGUUUGCAGAAAAAGUGAUGAUUAACGGCUUGAUUAACUGCUAGUUAGCUCUGGAUCUCAAGGUUUAUCUGCUAUUAUAUGAUUAUGUGAUUUAUAUUUGUCUGUAUGCAUAUAUGCGGUGUAGAUACUUUCUGGAUAAUAUGGAACUGAUAUGCAUACGCGUACAUAUAUUUAUGUGUGUGUAUAUGUGUAUGAUCAGAUCAGAGUAGUGCCUGAACCCUAGCUAACGCGCUAUCGAAGCCAGAACGAGAACGGAUGGGUCUAUUUGGCUGGAUUGUUGCGAUUUUUCGAUAUGUUUUUGGCCGUGGGGGGAACGAUUCCGGUGAUUGUCGACCACAAAUCGAUUCGAGACAGCGGUACCCUGAUCGUAAUGUUCAUGUUUCUGCUGAUUAUCUGUAUAGUUUAUUGCCCGAUGAGAAUAGGAGGACGAACUCUGGUUCUGCAAGUCGUCCUUCCACGACAAAAUCAGUAGCCUCCAAACCAACCGUCACUCAGUCCUCCGCCACCAAACACUCUGUUUCUUCUCCACCGUCGUCUUCUGCUGUCAAAUUUCCACCUCCACGACCGGUUACAACUAGUAACAGUAAACCAUUUCCCCCAACUACUUCAGGGAGUCUUAGUAAGGCGUCCCGAGAACCCAAGCAAAGUGAAGUUUCUCCGAGGCCAAGAGAUUCACUUUCUUCCCCGUCAGUUAUAGCUACUAAAUCAACUCCAACUGCCAUUCGAUUCAAGUUCGAUGAUAAAGACUCUACAAAGACUAGUGACUCUUUCGAUUCCUUGCAUGUCUAUCCAUUGUCAAGUAAACGGAUAAUUGAACCUCCUUCUCAAAAUCAAAGCUCCACUCCCAAAAGUUCCCAUCAGAUAUCUUCUUCUCAACCAAUCCAGGAAAGUAAGUUGCGCGUUUCAAAUACAGCCAAGCCUCCCCCAUCUCUGUCGCCCUCUCCUAAACCAGCAGCAUCCUUCCCAUCAUCUCAUGUUCAAAACAAGCCAUCUAUGUCCAUCAGACCGGCUUUGCGUGUGGAUUCAUCGUCUUCUGAAAAAAACAAUUACAUUAAUGUUGAGAAGGAUGCAUCAUUAACAUAUGCUGCUCCUGAAGAUAUUAAAAGACAAAUCGAAAUGGAAAUUGUGCCACAUGCUCUCAAGGAACCCUUGUCCAUCUCAACUUACAAGGACUACUUUCGUGCUUUAUUGUAUGCUGAGGACUACUAUCUCGAGAAAUGGGAUGGUUUUCAAAUGUUUGAUGUGACCUUGGAGUUGCACGAUGCAGCAAUUUACAAAAGAAAGAGUAGUCACAGUAGUCUUUAUGAGGAUGAUCUCAAAGACAAAAAGAAAUUUGUAGCGUUUGAGAUGGACAAAAUUCCAGAAAGAAGGCCUUUCUUGUUAUCUCGGGAUUUUGUGUCACUGAAACCUUCAGGGAAGAACUCCCCGAUCUUUGAGGGCCUGGUGUAUCGGGUGGUGAAAAGCAAUCUCUUAUUGUCAGAAUUCGGAGGUGACUUUUUAUCUACGCAUCAUCCAUCCAGAAAAUAUGAUGUCAAGUUCUCAUUCAACAGAGUGUGUUUGAAACGCGCUCACCAGGCAAUUGAAUCUGCAUCAGUCCCCUUAUUAAGGAAUUUCAUCUUCCCCAAAUACCAUCCACAAAGCUGCGAACUUGUUCCCAAACAUUCCUCUCUCAUUGAUAAGAUUUUGAGACUCCAGGCCUUCCCGCCCUACCUUGUAGAAGGGGAUUUAUCUAUUACUAGGGAUUGGAAAAGAAACUGUUUGUAUAGGGAUGGGAAAAGCAGCCGUUUAUCGAAAACUGGAAAUCUGAUUGUUGAAGCUGUAGUGGAACUGCUUCGAGCGUCUCCUAUAAAUCGGAUCCUUUUGUGCGCACCCGCCAACACAACAUGUGACGAACUCCUGAGAGAACUCAAGUGGAUGCGCAUUCCUGAGAGUGAUAUUUUUAGGGCCAAUGCUGCAUUCCGAGAACUCGAAGACGUACCUGAAGACAUACUUCCUUCAUGUCCAUAUGAAGACGAAACUGAGUGUUUUAUCUGCCCUUCGCAGGAUAAACUCAGCAGGUAUAAGGUAAUCCUGACCACUUUUAUGAGUGCUUACCGGCUACACAAUGAGGGAUUGCAGGCUGGGCAUUUCAGCCAUGUCAUUCUAGUGGAUGCCUCAUCUGUCACUGAACCGGAGGCGCUAGUUCCUCUGGCUAACUUUGCCACCGAGGGGACAACCGUUGUUGUCUUCGGUUCAUCAGGAAAUUGUUCAGGCUGGAUACGCUCCCCUAUGGCAAGGAAGUAUGGGUUGCCACGCUCUUACUUUGAAAGACUCUGCAAAAACAAUCCAAAUUCCAUCACAAUCCUGAGUGAUGACCAUUGACAUUAAGGCUGGCGAACUAGAUAAUAAGUUUGGGAUUGCGCCACUUAUAUACUCGUAUAUUGUAAUAUUGACGAGGACUAAUAGCUUAUGAAGCAAACUGAGCUUGUUUCAACUUGAGACUUUGUCAUUUCAAAAUAAGGUUGUUAAGAAGGCUUUAAAAAUUGAAUGAUUAAUGAUUUAGUGGUAACACUGUACAGAAUAUAUUAACCAUUACCAAAAAUAACAAUGAUCGAGUUAA